AUGAAGGAUGUUCAUGCAUUGCAUCACGAUGAUUUGCUACAUGUCACAUUUAAUGAAAGAGGCCAGCCUUAUGGUGAUUUACAACCAGUACUAGCAAAUUAUGUGGGAACAAUAGCUCGGAAUGGAGUUUUGUUGCCCCUUGAUUAUUUAGACUGGCGAAAAAUUCCAAAGCAUCGGUUGGAGGAGGCAUGGAAACUUGUUAUUGCACGAUUCAUAAUCUCCGAUCAACACCGAGAUUUUGUGAUGCAAAUGAUGGGAGUUGCAUGGAGGCGAUGGAGGACCCAAGUUAAAGCUACGUCUUAUGACUUGAAUAUCCCAUUAAGGGACCUUGUGUCCAUUCGUCCUAUUCCUCAUGGCCUGGCUAUAGAAGUCUGGGAAAGAUUAUGUGAGCACUGGAAGGUUACUGAGUUGAAAGACAAUGGUAGGAAGCCGACUCGCAUCGAAAUAAUGCAUUUGAGUCGAAGAAGUAAAAAGAAAGGAGGUGCUCCAGUUGAUGUUGAAUCCAUACGCUAUGAGCAUUUGUUGGAUGAGGCUGUGCAAAUUCGCCUACAAGACAUGCCUAAGGGAACACAAGCAAUAGAAGUGCAUGAGGAUGCAUUUCGUGAUGUAUUCGGAAUUGAGCAUUCUGGUCGAGUUCGAUGUCUAGGAGCAGGAGCACUGCCUAGCCAAGUCUUCCCUAAACAAUGUAAACGUAGCUCAUUCUACAAUAGGCAAAACUAUCACUCCACUAUGGAUAUCACAGAUAAAUUCAAAGCAAUGCAAGAACAAAUGAACAAAGAUAUGGAGAUGCGUGAAUCACAGUUGCGAGCAGAAAUGGAGAGUAUGAUACAUGGAACUGAUGGAGGGUCUAAUGGACCUGAAUUGUUACCAACACAGAUGGCAAUUGUAAUGGCAAACAUCAUUCAGAAACACAUGGAUGCCACAUCAAAUCUAAAAGAAAAUGCUAUCUCCCGAGAAGAUUCAUCUGAUAAUUAG